AUGAAAAUAUUAUUCUGGUUGAUCUCAUAGGGAUAUAUGUGGCUACCUAGAAAAAUACAGAAAUCUGUCUAACAAUCUUUACUUUUGUAACAGGGAAUUGAUUAAACACAAAAAGUAUCUACUAAAAUUUAAAUUAGAUUGAAUUCUCGAAUGGAGAAGUACAAAAGAUCACCAAUUUUGGAAUUCCAACCAAUAAUAUCAAAUUAAUCAGUGUAUGGAAAUGUUAUAUUUGUUUAGAUUAAUACUAUAAUUGGGGCAUUUAUAGAAAAUAUAAUAAGCAUUGAAAAUAUAAUAAUACUAGGAAUUCUAAUUAUCCUACUUUCUGGUUAAACUUAUCGUCACGAUGAAAACGAAGAAAUCAUUGUAUAUUAUACUCUUUUUUGUUACCUUCUCAAUCUAUUGUUAUCUCUUGCCAACAUACUAUUAAUUGCCUUUUAACGAAUGAUAUAAUAAAAAACCAUCAAUUCUUAAAAAUGCACUAUCAUAGCUAAAUUCCCAGAUAUUACAGCAAAGCAAAUCUCAAAUGAAAACAAAGAGUAAAUUAACAAUCAUUAUUUUAUAUAGGUUGAGUUCAUAUGAAACUAUAACUUGGAGUUAAUUAACAGUUGGUCACAUUAUAUGCUUACAAUAGAAUGAGUAGAGUCCUGCUGAUUUAUUGAUCUUGGAUUCAAGUAAAGAGCAGGUUCUCAUCAAUUUUGAUUAAAGAACUCCAUGCUCAUGCACUUUUGUUAAUUUAAAUUAAACAAUUAAGGGAAAUAUUUUAGACUUCAAAACAAAGUUAAGUGGAACUAUUUAAUUCACUAUUACUGAUCUUUAAAUAUAAGGGACUAUUAAAAUGAAAAAUGACCCAAAAUUAACUCCUUUUACUAAAAAGAAUAUGAUUUAGAGAGGAGAAAUCUUGGAUUCAGUUGAUUGGAUUUUUGGUAUGGUAAUUAGGGUUGGCAAUGAUUGCAUUGCUUAAGCUAAUUUUUCCAAUUAGAACUUUACACAAUCAAGCUGGAUACACAAUAUUUAUUAGUAGAUUAUACUAAUAUGUAUAGUAUUGCUUAUAAUAUUAUUUGUUCCAAAUAUCAUUUAUUAUUCUUUUUAAUCCUAUGAGAAGUAUUUCUAUAGUAGUAUUACUUAUUGUUUAUUAUUAAUACCCCAAAAUUUAUUAUGGUUAAAUUAAUUGUGGCUUAUGAUUAACAUGAUAACAAAUAAUAGGAAGUUUAAUAAGAAAUAAGAUAAAGUAUGUGUGACUUAGAAAUCAAUGAAUAGAUUGUUAAGUGAGAUCAAUGAAAAUCAGUUACUUAUUAUAUCUGAAAAUGAAAAGAAAGUGCUCUUACCAAUUUAAAAGCAGUUUAAAAUAAAUUUCCCUAAAACUAUACACGCUGAAAAUGAACCCCAUAAGUAGUAAAAGAUCGAAAGAAAUUUAAAAGGAAUUUUGACCUUUUCCCCAAAGAGUAUACUAGAUAUGAUCAAAGGAGAUAUGAUAUUAAUAAAUAAUCCUCAAGAAAUAUUUAAAAAUAAGCAUCAAAUUAUGUAGAUAAUAACCAACAACUAAAAAUAAUAUAUAUUUAAUUACUAAAAAUUGUAAGAAUUAAUAAUAAAAGCAUCGCCAACAUUAAAAAACAAUUAUGAAAAAUUAUUAAUUGAUACUAAUAGACAAUAGACCAAUGAUGAAUAGAAGACAUAAGAUUUAGAUUUUUUAUUGGCAGAAAAAAAAGUUCCUAAUUUAAGAAAUUCAAAUGAAGGCCAUAAUUAAAUAAAGAAGCUUUAGUUGGCCUAAAGGGAAGAACUUGGAAUCAAAAAGUUAUCAAGUGCAUAGAAACAAUAAUUACCUAAAAAGAAAAGUACAAGAUAUAUUUUUGAUUAAUCUUUUGCAAAGAAAUCAUUAGAACGAAUUGACUCAAUGAAAGAUCUUAGUAAAGUAAAUACUAAUUCUUCAAAUGGUAAUAUUACGCCUCUUGUUUCAAUGUCUAAAUAAAGAAGUCAGUUUUUUGGCAAGGGGGGAAGCAUGAUAAAACAGUACCAAAAUAAUAACACUUCUCUUUAAAUAUCUCCAAUGAAAUAGAACGAAGAUCAAGGCACAGACAGAUUGGUUGGAGAUUAUUAUAAUGAAUAAGAUUUUAUAGAAUAGCUUUAUAAAAAGGAUGACACUCUUCAUAAUGAAAUUUUAUUGAUGAUUCUAAUUACAAAUAAUAUUUUAAGUGUUUUUGAUGAUUAAACUAGGUAGCUACAAUUUAAUUUUGGGAAUAAAUUUGAUGAAUCGUUAUUAGAAUUCGCAAAAGUCUUCAAUUAUUAAUUAUUAUGCAGUACUGAAAUCGAAAACUCAAGAUUGGAUUAUUAAUUAAAAACCUAUAUCAAAAAGGUCAUUUCUAUUGAAAAUCAAGUGAAAGUUUUUGAAGUUCUAGCAUUUUUGGAGCCUACUGAAAAUAGAAAGAAUACUCUAUCUGUUUUAGUAAGAGAUCCUGAAUCUUUUCUAUUGGAAGAAGGUUCGAUACUAUAUACAAGAAUUUAAACUAAUCAAUUAAAAAACAUCAUUAAAGGAAAAAAUGAUUCUAAUAACAAACAGCCUGAAUAUUACAACACUUAUAAUGAAUAAUUAUAAGAAUUAUUAUGGGAUGGCCAAUCAACUUUCAUAUACAGUAAACGCUAGUUGAGCUAAGUGCAAACAUAAGAGUUUUUAUCAAAAUUGUCUUAAUUGCAUGAUGCUUAUGGGAAUAGAUCAUAAGAAAUAGAAAUUGAAUAUUAAAAAUUAGAAUCCCACAAUGAAAUUUUAUUUUGUAUAGGCAUUAAAUCUGGGUAUCAGAAUAAUUAAAUACAAAUUUCACAAAAUGAAUUUAAUGGAGAUUCUUUGAAAGAGGAUAGGCUUUUUCAAACUUUGUAUAUGCAAAACAUCAAGACUUGCUUAACUACAUCAGAGUCAUACGAAGAAUUGAUCAUUUUUCUUAGGUCACAUUAAGUGGUUUAAAAAGAAUAAAUUGUUCAUUUUAAUGAAAGAGAUGUGCAAUAAUUGUAAUAUAGGUUUAGAUAGCAUAUAUAAUAUAUGUUAGAAGAAUAGGAUAUCAUGGGAUGUGAUGUAUAAAAACAUAUGGAGAAAUAUAUAAUAAUCAGCAAAUAGUCAUUCAAUAUAAUAUUGUAAGAUGAUUAUCUAAAAUAUCAUUUUGUAUUUAUAACAUAAUUUGCAAGUGGUUUGGGAGCCUAUGAAUUUACAGGUAAAUGCAAUGGAUAAUUAAUAAAAUUACUAAAAUUAAACAAUAAGAAAAUAAUUACUAUUGGUAAUUCACUACAAAACAACUAUUUAUUUAAUAAGUCAGACAUUAGUUUUACAUUGUCUUAAAAUAACCCUUUCUUUUGUAUCACUUAGCCAAACUUCAUAGUUAAAAAUAUUAAGUAAAUAUUUUCAGUCUUCUACUUUUAUUGCACUCAGUAUUUAUAAAAUUACAUUUCUCUUUUAGAAAUAUAAUUAUACAGAAGUACUUUAAUAGGAUUAUCAGUAUUUGGAAUAAGUUUUUCCUAAAACGAUAUCAACUUAUUUACUUUGAUCAUAUUUUAUCUUAUCCCAAGCAACUUACUAACAUUCAUUUUCUAACAAUACUUGCUUAUUAAUUAAGUAGAUUAUGAUUUGAAGAAUUUUAAUAAUUUUGCAAAAAGAUUAAACAUAUUAAAAAACGAAAAUAUCUUCAAUUAGAUAAGUAAAAUUAUUUUUAUUGCAUUGUUUGAUUCCUCAUUGGUAAUUUUAUUAGAAAAGGCAAUUAUCCAUGUGUAUUCUAGUGAUGGAAAGAUUAACUAAACAAUUUAAGUUGUGUUGUUGUAUUUGGGUAUUGAACUUUUGGAGAAAAGUAAGUUAUUAUUUAUUGUUUUUGAUACCCUUAAGGAUCUUUUAUAUAAGAUUAAGCAGACAUUUUUAAUUAUAUCCAUAAUAUUUGUUUUAUCAUUUAGCUAUUUAAUAGUGUAAUCAUUAUAAGACAAUUAGAAGAUUUCAUUGCAAUUAAAUAACAUGGGAUUGGUGGUUUUUAUAUUCAUGGCUGUAUUUUUAGUGGGAGUAUCUUUUGUUCUGUAUUAAUCGCUUCAAUUGGUUAAUAUUGAAUUCUCAUUUCCAGUUGAUAAUGCAUAAUUAGAUAUUCACAUGAAGCAGAUCAAUGAUAUAAAACAAAACCUGAAUUUGGAAAAUAAUGAAAAAGGACACUUUCAAAACAUAAAGAAAAUGAUAGAAACAUUAUUUGAGAAUAUGGAUGUUGUUGAUGAAUAGAUAACUAAAUUUAUAAAAGUUGAUUAGACAACUAUAGAUUACAUGGAUAAAACUCAUGGAUUUUAUGAUAGGAGAACCGAGAAUGAUUUUAUGGAUUUCUUUAGACAAUAGAAUUGGCAAAAGUUUAGCUUAUUAUAUGUAGUUAUAUUUUAUGAGGUAACAAUAUACAUAAUUCACUUAUACGAGAUUAUGAUAUACACCUUUUCAACAUCCAUUCUGAUAAUAAUCACCAUCUAAUUAUUGUUAUAAUUGUUUAUUGUGAUUCUUUAAUUCAAAUUCGUUUACAACAGAACUUUGUAGUAAUAAUUGUAAAUCCUAUCAUUUGCAUUACGAUUCGUUUUUAAAAUCAUAAUAGAUUUACUCUACUUGGAUCAAAGCAAGGAAUUCACUGCUUUCCUCUAUCAUACCUUAUUUAUUAUAUCUUUUGCACUUACAACCCAACCUAAGAUCAACAUGUGUUUAUACGUUGCCUUGCAAGUGAUUAUGUAUCUUUUUAAUUUAGUAUUUGAUGGCUUCACUAUUAAUUUUGAGAAUGUUAAUCAAGCUAUAUUUUGUUCAUUGAAAUAUUUCUUCAUUAUUAUCGAGAUCUCAUACCCUAUUUUUAAUUACAUACAGAAAAUAUAAUUCUUAUAAAGAUCAUAGUACGUUUAUUAAAACAGAUUAACAAAGGAAUAGAAGAAAAUUAAUAGUGUGUUGGGUCUAUUAAUGCCUCGAUUCAUUCAGGAAAGAAUGAACAAAGGGUAGAUUUAAAUCUCAUAAGAUCAAGGAGAUGUCAGUGUCUUAUUCUGCGACAUAUAUUAGUUUGAUAAAGUAAUUAAAGAUUAAUAGGAAAAAAUCAUUGAGUUUUUGGAUACCAUCUAUAGAGCAUUUGAUUAAUUGUGUUAGAAUUAUGAUUUGUAGAAAAUUGAAACUGUUGGGAAAACCUAUAUGGCUGCAGGAGGUCUUAAAGAUUAUGAUGUUGUGAUAAGUAAGUUCAAAUUUGAUUUUUCUAGAUUAAAAAAAUGCCAAUAGCACUUCCAGAGCCCUUGAAACUGCAAUAUAAAUGAUGGAAACAGUCAAAACCAUGAAAUAUGGGGAUAACUAAGAUGUUCAAUUGAAAAUAGGAAUCCAUUAUGGCAGAGUGAUUGCUGGAGUUAUUGGGGUUCAUAAACCUUAAUUCUCACUCAUAGGAGACACAGUUAAUACAACAAGUAGAGUAUGUAGCACAGGAGAAGCUGGAUUUAUUACAUUAAGUGAGGCCGCUUAUUUAAAUAUCAAGGACAAUACUAAAUAUUAAUUUGAAUAGAGAUCAGUUGCUGCCAAAGGAAAAGGCAUGCUUGAAACAUUUAGAUUAAUAAUGUAGUAAAAAGAAUCUACAAAAAAUUUGACUCCAAAGGUAUCAACACAAGAAUGUCAAGACAAAAUUUCAAUUCUAGGGUAGGAAUCAAAAAAAAAAAUAUAGAACUUCAAGUCAUCCACAGAUAGAAAGAAAAUUCUUAAAAGGACAUCUGCUUAACCAGCUUAAGUUGGUGCCUUGAUGCUUGGAGAUCAUGCGAAAUCUCCAAAACUUGUUAUUAGAUAACUACAUAGAGAAACACAAUCUUCAAUUAUGCCAAAUAUGAUUCUAAAAUAGAAGCCAUCAGCAGAAAAUAAUUAAGAAACCAAGCGUUUGAAUUAGAACAAAUCUAAAUCAUUUAAUUAGGUACUCUUAAUUUAUUUAUUGCAAGAAUGAUGACAUCCAAAUGAACCAUUCAAGUAAUGCUAAGACUCCUGGGUUCUAAAAGAAUUGGAUUCAAAAACGUCAAAGCAUUUUAGAUAAUAAUCAAGCAAAUGCCUAAGCAAUACAAAAUAAUUAAUUGGGAUCAAUCACAUAGCUCUAAUUCCAGACUGAUCCUAGGCUACUUAAUUAAGUUGUAUCUGCAUCCUGCCAAUAGCAAAUACUUUAAUCAGGUGUGAACUUAUCUCAUUAAUCAAAUCAAUAGUAAUUCUUAAACUCAGCUGAUCAACUACUAAAGAAUUCUGAUUUGCAAGCUGAUAACAACAAAUAGGAGGCUUUACAUUGUAUUCCUAGGCCACAUAUAAAAAAGAAAGGAACCCUAAUUUUGGGAGAGCUAAUUUAAAGGAAGGGAGGAAUUAUGAAAUCUAAUACUAAAAUAAUACUCCCUGAUGAAAGGGAAAAAAAUCAAAUUAUUAAAAUAUCUGGUGUAGGUGGAGAGAGUGAAUCAUAAAUGGAACAGAAAAUAUAAAUCAGAAAUUAACGAUCUCUGAAAUUACAAUAACUUUAAGAUUCUAGUUCAGCUUUAAAGAAAAGCCCAGAGUCUAAUAUUGAAAGAUUAGAAGAAUUAGAAAUAGCAAAAAGAAAAAUGAUAAUCACAUCUGAAUAAAAAUUUGACUAUUAUACAUUAGAGAAAAUUAAAAAGUUUAAAUUAGACUAUGAUGAGAAGUCUACCUUUGAAAUAGAUAGUAAUUAAUUCAAGAAUGAUGAUUAAUAAUUGUACCAUUCUAUUUAUGAAGAAUAUAAAGAAUAGGAAAAGCCAUAGAUGAGAACUAUUCUAAUAUUUCUAACUACCUUAAACAUGUUUAAGGGUUUGCUUUUAUUUAUUUUAAGCUAAGAAUUUUACAAUUCCUAUAAAGAACUAAUAAUUAUUUAGGUUUGUAAAUUUUUUAUGUGUUCAAUUUUGACCAUUUGUUAUUCGAAGAUUUAGGAUAAAAUGAACCUUGAAACACUUAAGAUAAUAAUUUGGAUUUAUUUUUUUUGCUCAAGUAGUCUUUCUAUAUUAAUAAUCUUUUUUGAAGAGCAGGAAGAGUUUGAAGUAAUUUUAUAAAUAAGUACAAUUACAGCUUUGUAUAUUAAUAUUUAUCUUUCAUAAAUCUUAAACUAUGAGGAUAGAUAGAGAUUUGUUGCUAUCUUUAUGAUUGCAAUAACAUUAAUAAUUGUUUAUGAAGAAUAUAUUUUAGAAAUAAUUAUUUAUUAGCUUGGAAUUGCAGGAUUAACCUUUUUUUGUUAAAUGCAAGAGAAGGAAUUAUUAUUUAAGAACUAUUUAAUCAGUUUAUAGUUAUCAACUUAAAUUGCUAAAUAUGAGAACAUGCUCCAAUAUCUGAUGCCUCCUCAUGCUUUGAGGAGAUUGUUGAAUCCUGUUCAAGAGAAUACGGACACAUUCAUGGAUGUAUUAGAAAACACUACUGUUUUAUUUGCAGAUAUUGCUGGUUUCACUAAAUAUUCAAGUUCUGUUGAACCAGAAACAGUGGUCGAUAUGCUUAGAAAUUUAUUCUCAAACUUUGAUUAGUAUUGUUAAAAAGCAGAAAUUUACAAGUUAUUUACCAUUGGGGAUUGUUAUGUUUGCAUGGGUGUGUUGGAUUGUAAAAAUCGAGAUCCUGCAGGAGAAGUAAGUUUUGUUUUAAGACUAGGCUUAAAAAGUCUUGGCAUUUGGGUUUAGUAUGAUUGAAAUCAUCAAUCAUUAUAAAAUGGAUCCCUAGUAUUAACAUCUAAAUAUGAGAAUUGGAAUUCACACAGGCAGAGUAUUGGGAGGCGUUGUUGGAACAGAUGUUGUUAGAUAUGAUAUCUAUGGAGAAGAUGUUACAAUUGCAAAUCUCAUGGAAUCAUCAGGAUAAGUAAUAAUAAAUAAGAUUAUCUUAGGAAGGAAAAAUACUUGUUAGUGAUGCCACUAAAAAUUUAGUUGAAAGCGAAUAUGAGGGAUUCUAAUUCGAUUAUGCCAAAGAUGUUUAUCUACCCUCAAAAAAUAUGACCAUAUCUACUUACUUUGUUUAACCAAGUGAGAUAGAGUACAGUUAAGAUGAUUGA